GAUGCUGGCAGGUUGGAAGGUAUGGAGCUGCUGAAUGCACCUGACCUACCCUCAUUCCUUUGCUUCCUGUAUUUUGCUUGGUUGCUAACAAGUGACAUCACCCGAUACACACUCCCUCCUGCCUGCUGUCAGUUCUCUCUCUCUCCCUCACGCCAAGGCUUAGCAGUUAACACUGGGAGGAUAAGGAUCGCUUGUGGCUGCAGGAAGCUACAGGCAGUAUGCAAAAGGUGUCUGAAAGUCCAAGAGAGAGAAGCACAUAGCCUGAAGCAGCAUCCCUGACCGUCUACACCAAGGGGAAUAUUUGCUUCUAUAUGUAGUUGAAGUUCAGCAAAGCACUCUCCCUGCAGUCCAUUCUCUGCUUUGGGUUUCAGAACAGAAUUGCAUGCAUGACAUUCCGCAAAGGAGAGAAAAUGACCAUAAGCAUCCAGGAGCAUAUGGCCAUUGAUGUGUGUCCAGGUCCCAUCAAGCCGAUCAAACAAAUAUCUGACUAUUUCCCCCGCUUCCCCCGUGGUAUCCCCGCCGCGGUUACCCGGAGUAACUCCCUCAAGUCUAAUGUGAGCCAGCCCUCUGUCAGCCCAUCUGAAAGUUCCCGGGAGGAAGAGGAGGAUGUGGACAAAUUAUUUGGAGCCUAUGGGGCAGCUUCCACCACUACCACCACCAUCAGCAGCACCAGCAGCAGCAGCGCACCUGCCAGACACGAAGAGGAAGUGGACCUGGAUGGAUAUGAUUCAGAUGACUGCACCACCCUGGGGACACUGGAUUUUAGCUUGCUGUACGAUCAUGAAAAUAAUGCUCUGCACUGCACAAUCAAUAAAGCCAAGGGCCUGAAACCAAUGGACCACAAUGGACUUUCUGAUCCAUAUGUUAAAUUACAUUUACUUCCAGGUGCUAGUAAGGCAAACAAACUAAGAACAAAGACUUUGAGAAAUACACUAAACCCCACGUGGAAUGAAACACUAACAUAUUAUGGAAUCACAGAUGAAGAUAUGAUUCGUAAAACUCUCAGAAUAUCUGUAUGUGAUGAGGACAAGUUCCGCCACAAUGAAUUCAUCGGCGAAACAAGAAUUCCUCUGAAAAAGCUAAAACCGAACCAAACCAAAAAUUUUAGCAUUUGUCUAGAGAAGCAGCUACCUAUAGAUAAAACAGAAGAUAAAUCUUUGGAGGAACGUGGGCGAAUUCUUAUAUCCUUAAAAUACAGCUCUCAAAAGUCAGGGCUCCUGGUAGGAAUCAUUAGAUGUGCACAUCUAGCAGCAAUGGACGCAAAUGGGUACUCCGAUCCCUAUGUGAAAACAUACUUAAAACCAGAUGAAGACAAGAAGUCAAAACAUAAAACUGCUGUGAAAAAGAAGACAUUAAAUCCAGAGUUUAAUGAGGAAUUUUGUUAUGAGAUAAAACACAGUGACCUUGCAAAAAAGACUUUAGAAGUCACGGUUUGGGAUUAUGAUAUUGGGAAAUCAAAUGACUUUAUAGGUGGUGUUGUUUUGGGAAUCAACGCAAAAGGAGAGCGUCUUAAACACUGGUUUGACUGCCUGAAAAACAAAGAUAAGAAAAUUGAACGUUGGCACACCUUAACAAAUGAGCUACCAGGAGCUGUCCUCAGUGACUGAACUGAGUGUGCUGCUAGGUGUUAUAAUAGAACAGCUGUAAAGGAACAAGACACAAGCUAUGCCUUUGCCCUUGCCACAGUUUACCAUGACCAUUCUCAAGUGAAAAGAUGACUAGGAAAACUUCCCGUUAUGCUUUUAUCACUUAAGGUGCAAUAGUGCCAAUCAGAGUUCACCACUUCUCACCUAAAACGCUAACACAAUAUGACUUUACUGAUCAUUGACACCUUUCUCCUGGUGAUAUAUGCACUUGCUGUUUUUUAUUAGGCUGCAUAUAUUACUGGUUUCCAUUUAUUGUUUCUGUCUUUGAUACGUUGAAUCCCCUGAUAUAGGAUAACAACAAGCUUAAUGCAAGUUAGUUUGUGACAUAAUAACCUAUUUUAUUCUGCAUUGGCAACGUGAUGGACUGUAGAAAGAUUUGAAGACAGAUCUGAUAUUUGUGUGCUAACAGUAACUUGGUUUGCACUAUUACAUUUAAAGUAUAACAAAAUAAUUGGAUACUUAAAGCACAGUAGAGUAAUCAUCACUUGUAACAUUUUAGCUUAACCUGGGUUAUCUACUGUUACAAAUACAAUAAGGGUCAUUUAAAAGCAGACAAUUGAAUGGAGCACAGAAAGCAUUUCUUCUCUGUUGGGGUCACAUACAUUGAGCCUGCGUGGCUGCAAGAAAGCACAGGGCAUUGAGAAGACAGAAAGUGGCAGAGGCGCACAGGAUUUAUUUGACGGGUAGACCAGGUGUGAGUCCUGUGCAUCUUUCUCAAAGCACUGAGCACAAAAUCUCCUCUGAGCAGAGCACAAUUUGAAGUUGUGCGGGGGAAGGGGGGGGGUAUAGAUAAGGUGAACUGGGGACUGUUGUCCACUGUACACACAGAACUCUUGUGCAGUGCAAAAGGCUUUGUGUCACAGCCAGCUUGGAGGAUGGGCAACUGCUCUCCAGAAGGUGCCACCUCCACAUUCAAGAUACACAGGAUGAGCUCACAGUAGCCUGUAAGUAGCACACUGCUAAUAUACCAGUAUAUUAGGUAUUUCAAACUUCACAAUUGUAAUAGUUAAAAUGUACUCAUUCCUGGUAUCCCCAUAUUUUCUCAAGUUAAUGAAUACUCCUGGGGAUGCCAAAUGAGCAGGUCUAAGAAACAAAACGAGAUUUAUGGUAAGAACUUACUGUUGUUAAAUCUCUUUCUGCGAGGUACACUGGGUUCCACAUGGAAUAACA